GUCGCAGACAAUGAAAACUUUACACUUCUAUAUCAAGUAAGACCUGGUGUUAUGGAAAAAUCAUUUGGUAUACAAGUGGCACGUCUAGCAAAUUUCCCUGAAAGAGUGGUGCAAAAUGCCCAACAAGUUUACAAUGAAUUUGAAGAUGAACAUGCCAACAAACAAUCGCAAGAAGAUAAAGAUCUAUUGGAUAAAAUUAAUAAAGCCAUACAAGAUCUAUCGACCACCGGCAAUAAUAAGGAUAUAAAUGAAAAAGAUUUAUCGCAAUUGGUAGAACAAUUUACCAAGGAUAUUAAAAAAUUGGAUAGUGAAUACUUUAAGGCGGUUUUAACCACAGCAGUUGGAGAAAAUUAAAAUUGCCUAAAAUAAAAAUGUUUGUGUUAAAAAGGGAUAAAAAGAAAAAGCAAGAUUCCAUUUAUUUUUUUCAAGAUUUUCAAGUUCAAAUAAAAUUUCAGCAGUUAAAAGGUAAGUGGAUUUUAUUAUCAAAUACAGCGUUUGA